AAAUAGCAGUGAAAAGGCUGUCAAAAGGUUCCAAACAAGGUCUAGAAGAGUUCAAGAAUGAAGUUACCUCAAUUGCCAAACUUCAACAUAGGAACCUUGUCAGGCUUCUUGGAUGCUGCAUUCAAGGAGAAGAAAGGAUGUUGAUCUAUGAGUACAUGUGCAACAAAAGUUUAAAUUAUUUUAUUUAUGGUUUGUGCCUCUAAACCCUUCAUAUUUUGGAUUUGUUCGGUCACCUGCAUAUCGCUUUCCUACAUGGUCACUAAUGCAUCUUAAAAUUUACGAAGGGUCAAAAUGAUGUGCAGAUCAAAAUAGAAGUGCAUUACUGGCUUGGCAACAGAGGUUUGACAUUGUUAUGGGGAUUGCACGGGGAAUUCUAUAUCUCCACCAAGAUUCUAGAUUAAGAAUAAUUCACAGGGAUCUCAAAGCAAGCAAUAUUCUGCUAGACAAUGAUCUGAUUCCAAAAAUUUCAGAUUUUGGCUUGGCAAGAAUUUUUGAAGGAGAACAAAUUUGUGCAAAAACAAAAAGAGUCAUUGGAACAAAUGGCUAUAUGUCUCCAGAGUACGUGAUUGACGGGAAAUUCUCUGUGAAAUCUGAUGUAUUCAGUUUGGGUGUGCUUUUGCUAGAAAUAGUGAGUGGCAAAAGGAACAGAGGUUUUCAUCAUCCUAAUCACCACCACAAUCUUCUAGGGCAUGUGAGUACUAGAAACAAUAAAAUAGUUAUCUCUCUCUAUAGAUAUAUCUGUGUAUAUCAAUCUAUCUAUCCCUGUGGCUAUCUAACUUGAUGCAUAUCUACUGUUUCUUGAGGAUGACAAAAUAUACGUUCUGUGAAGAAAAUAAAUAAACUAAGUGCAUGGUUUGCAAUUACUUUAGGCAUGGUUGCUGUGGAAUGAAGACAAGGCUUUGGAACUAAUGGAAGCAUGUUUGAAGGAUUCAAGUGUUGAAUCUCAAGUACAGAGAUGUAUUCAAGUGGGCCUAUUAUGUGUUCAAAAACUCCCACAAGACAGGCCGACAAUGUCAUCUGUAGUGUUCAUGUUGGGAAAUGAGGAAGCGAUAUUGCCUCAGCCUAAACAACCCGGUUUCUUCAUUGAAAGAAGUUCCAUUGAUACAGAUACUGCAACAAGUGAAGAAUUUUAUACGAAUGGUGAAGUAACCAUAACAAUAUUGGAUGCUAGAUAGAGUGUUCAUCGCAGUUGUUAAUAUGAUUUUAGAAAUAGAAGUUAUUUCAACUUCAGAAUUUUUGUGGAUUUCAUUUUAUUUCUUAAAACCACAGAGCUCAAAAAUUUUCUAUUUAUUUAUAAUUUGGUUUCAAAUAUCAAAGCACUCUCCUCUAUAAUAAGAUACAGUAAGUCCCAUGGACUUUCUGCAAGUAAAUUAAACACCAAAACAUGAUAUAAGAAGCAUCUAGAUUUUCUGAUGAGCAUAAUUUAUAACGUGACUGCAUCAAUAACUAAAAUGUAGGACAAAGACUGAUCAAGUAUUGGCCCAGCACAAGCAUUUCCAGUACCCAACUUUACAUAAAGACUGUUCCAUGGAAAAAAGUUUGUCAUUGUGAUUGGUUUUUGGCAUGGUUUCAGUUCUUAAGUCCUGUAAAGUGGGCAAAAUCAAAUCUAGACAAGCUUGUCAAGAUAGCUCUUCUAGAAAAUUCAAGGAUAGUGUUCUACUAGUUCAAAAAUGAAAUUUUUAGGGAAGAAGAUCCCCCAAGUAUCAUCAGAAAAAUAAAAGAAAAGAUUCCACUUCAACCAACCUCGAACAAUCUUCAUAGAAAUUAACCAAGUUAUUACUAAAAUAACAUAAUUCAUAGCUCAAAUCACCUGAACAAAGGCUUGAUUCCAAUUAUUUGGGGGUUUAGAACUACAUAAAACUAAAAUGACAAAAAAAAAAAAAAA